AGUGUAGCCCCAGCAGUGCCACCUGUCAGUGUCCAUCAGUGCCACGUGCCAGUGCCCAUCAGUGCCACCCAUCAGUGCCAGUCAGUGCCGCCUAACAGUGCCAGUCAGUGCCGCCUAACAGUGCCUAACUGUGCCGCAACAGUGUCAGUGCCGCCUAACAGUGCUGCCUUUCAGUGCCCAUCAGUGAUGCCUGUCAAUGCCCAUCAGUGGCACCUACCAGUGCCUCCUCGUCAGUGCUCAUCAGUGCAGCCUAUCAGCGCCCAUCACUGC